CCUUCUCCUUGAAAGACAAAGCUAAAAUUUGGUUGUAUUCUUUGAGAUCGAGAUCUAUAGGAAUCUACCUCUAAUUCAGAGAACAUUAAAGGGGUCAAUGCUAUCACUACUCGUAUUGGUAAGGUUAUAAAGCCAUUGCAAAAAUCACCUCAAUUGAAGGACACUACUCCAAGUAGCCAUGAAGACGACCUGUUGGAAGAAACUGAGAAGGAGGUCCCAAUUCAAGUUCCUUUCCCUUAAGCUCUUAAAAUUGGAAAGAUUUCAGACAACCAAGGUGAGAUUUUAGAAAAUUUGAAACAAGUUAAGAUUAAUCUACCUUUGUUGCAUGUGAUUAAACAGGUACCAACUUAUGCCAAAGUGAUCAAGGAUCUAUGCAUCAUGAAAAGGAAACACCAUGUCAAGAAAACUGCAUUCCUGACAAAGUAGGUAAGUGCGAUGAUUGAGCAGAAAACACUGCCAAAGUACAAAGAUCCAGGGUGCCCAACAAUUUUCUACCAAAUUGGAUCACAAGAGUUCGGUCAAGCUCUUUUGGAUUUAGGAGCGAGUGUAAAUUUAAUGCCUUAUUCAGUUUAUUUGCAACCAGGUCUUGGAGAGAUAAAACCCACAUCUGUGGUGUUACAGUUGGCUGAUCGUUCUUGUAGGAAAGCAAGAAGGACAGUAGAAGAUGUUCUGCUUCAGAUUGAUAAAUUUUAUUAUCCUGUUGAUUUUCUUAUUUUAGAUACUCAAUCUGAAGUUAAUAGUGAGUCAAAGAUUCCACUUAUUUUAGGAAGACCAUUUCUUGCUACUGCUAAUGCUCUUAUUAAUUGUAGGAAUGGUUUGAUGAAACUUUCAUUUGGGAAUAUGACUCUUGAGGUGAAUAUUUUUGAUGUUGGGAAGCAACUACAUCAUGAUGAUGAUGAUGAGUGUUAUCAAACCUACAUGAUAGAUUCACUGGUUGAGGAAGUAUAUGAAAGGGAAAAUUUUGAAUCUUUAGAAUACCUCCUUGGUGGCUCUGAUUUGGAUGUUGACUUUUUGAACUAUCCUAUUACUGAUCAUUCUAAUGUUUCUUCUAUUUCUAAUGUUAUGCAGGAUAAACAUAGAAAAUUUUUACAGCCACGCUUUGAGGAGCUGCUAUAUGAUAGGAAACAUUUGAAGCCAUUUUCAAUGGAGAUGCCAAGCGUUGAGUUACCCCCACCUUUUGAAAUAUUGAAGCAUGCGUUCUUAGGAGAUUCAUUCAAAUUAUUGGACAAUGGUUGAAACAUUAUAUGGAACGAGUAGACUAACUUGAGGAGAUCAUUCUUGUGGCUCCAUCUACGAUGCUUAAUCAGGUUCUAUCUUUCCAUCAUAUCAUUUUUUUUUCUUUUGUUUGUUUUUGUUUUGCUUUUUCAUAGCUUUUCUUUUAGUAGUUUCUUUAUUUAUUUAUUAGUUUUCUAGCCAAGAGAAUUAUCAGGUUUAAGUGCAUUGUUUUGUUAUACUCACACAUCUUUUGUGAGUGAGUGGAGAGCUGAGAAAAUAACUUAUGAACUUUCAUUGCUUAGUUGAAUUGGUUAGUUGCUAUUUAGAAUGUCACUACUCAUUUGGAGGAAUGGUUGAAUGAUUAGCUUA